AUGAUUCGACAUGAUAGAUAAUCGUGUUGUGAUAUUUUUUGAACAGUGAUUAAAAAUAUAUUUGUUAGAAAAAUUCAUUUAAUUCCUUAGAUAAAGAAUUCUAUUUCUUUCUAGAAAAAAUUAUAUUUAUAAUAUAUAUUAUUGAAUCAGAUAUAUUUGCUUAUACAAGAAUAUAAAAAAUGCAACGAGAAGAAAAGCAACUAGAUGCUGCCCUAGAGGCUAUUAUUACGAGAGUUAAUGAUUUGAAGACAUCUAUUGCAUCAAUGAUAUUUAAAUUAGAACACGAGUAUGAAACUUUAAAUUGGCCAAAUUUUCUUGACAAUUUUGCACUUAUUUCUGGUCAUUUGACCAGUUUAUCCAAGAUACUUAGUCACGACAAAGCUCCAAGCUUAAGAAAUCUUACAGUAUUACCAUUGCGCUUAAAUCCUGAGAAAGAUGAAGAAUUACUUCGAUUAACUGAAGGCAGAAUUCCGACAUUUGCUCAUGAUUCAGUACCUGAUUAUUUAAGAACUAAAUUAGAACCUCAAGUGGAACAAAAAAUGAUGCAGUUAGAAGCCAAAGCAGCAAAUUUAAAUCAUGAAGCUUCUCAUGAAUAUAAUAAACAAGUAGCACAAUAUACUAAAGUGAUUAGUCAUGUUUGGGAUAUAGCAAAUAAGGCACGUGAAGAAUGGGAAAGUGAAGCUGGUUCUAGAGCAACACAAGCACAAACCAGUAGUGCAGCAGAUACUCAUGCACUUGUUGCUGCUGUUGGAAUGGGAAAAGGAUUGAAAUCCGAUUCAGUUCCAAUGGUCCAAUCAAAUGUUAACCCCGUACCAAGUGGUAUGAUGGUAGGUAGACCUGCAAACCAACAACAGUCUGGAGGACAAGGACCACUUGGAAAUACACAAAUGGGACAAAUGAACAAAGCUCCUAGCGCAAUAAAAACAAAUAUUAAAGCUGCAUCACAAAUUCAUCCGUAUGGAAGAUAGGAGAUAUUAAUAUUUUUAUUAAAACAUGUGACAACAUUAUAACUGAAAAAGCAUUAGAUCGUGGGGAUAAUAUUUUAUUCAUAACAGGAAAAAUAGUUGCUUUUAAGCCUUGUUCUUGUAACCAACACAAUCGAUCUUGUAAGAUUAUUGAUUCUGCUGGUGCUUGUAAAAUUAAUUGUAGACCAGUAUAAAUUUCUACUUCUUUCGAUCUUUGACAA